AUGUCAGAUAAAAUGAUUUUAAUUUUAAAACCUGGUGGUGAUUUAUUUUUUGCACAUCAUGUUGUAAAAAUCUUUGGAAUUAUACCUGGUCAAGAACGUCAAUUGUGGCAUCAGGAAGAUAUCACCUACUUACCUAUUACGGUAGUUGUUCCAUUACCAGAUAGUUUAAGAGGAAAUUUUGGUGUUCGUUGUGAAAUUUAUAAUAAAUUUAGUGGUACAUUAUCUUUUAAAUCACAUGGCACAUGGUACUUGGAGACAAAAAAUUUAUCAACUCAAAAUAAAACUAUUCCGAUCCGCCGAGCAACAGCGUGA